UCUACUUCCGCCUGGUUGUGACUCAUGCCAUUCGCUGCCGGUGACCAAUCCCUCCGCCGGGGUAGACUCUCUUGAAGCUGCCCACAUUGACCUCACCUCAGACCGUGACACCUCCUGCGUCUGUCCGCCUCACAGCGAGACCUAGCGGGGCUUUUAUCCGCGGCGAGAGUCGGUCUCAACGUCCGCCUUCAAACCAGUCACACGCAUCUAACGGCGAGGACUCACACCGCGAGCAUGUCGGAUUUCGACAGCAACCCUUUCGCGGAGCCCGGCUUCACCAACCCGCUCCAGGAUCCGUCAGUGACCCAAGUAAGACAGACGGCUCCUCCUGGGUUGGAGGAGUACAACCCCUUCACAGAUGCCAAACCAGCGCCCGCAGGGAUGGCACCCAAGACUGCUGCACCCACCAUCAACACACAACCCGCCAUCAUGAAACCCACAGAGGAGCCUCCGGCCUACUCGCAGCCUCAGGCGCAGGAGCAGACGCGAGCAGCUGCCGAGCUCUUGAGGCGUCAGGAGGAGCUGGAACGGAAGGCUGCGGAGCUGGAUCGCAGAGAGAGAGAGAUGCAGUCACUCAGUGCUUCAGGAGGAAGGAAAAACAACUGGCCUCCUCUCCCAGAGAAGCUCCCCGUGGGUCCCUGUUUCUACCACGACAUCACCGUGGACAUUCCUGUCGAGUUUCAGAAGACAGUCAAGAUCAUGUACUAUCUCUGGAUGUUUCAUACCGGGACGCUGCUCAUUAACAUGGUCGGCUGUCUGGCCUGGUUCUGUGUGGACACGUUGCGUGGGGUGGACUUUGGCUUGUCCAUCCUCUGGUUCAUGCUCUUCACGCCCUGCUCUUUCGUCUGUUGGUACCGGCCACUCUAUGGAGCCUUCAGGAGUGACAGCUCAUUCAGAUUUUUCAUUUUCUUCUUCGUGUACAUCUGUCAGUUUGGAGUCUACGUCCUCCAGUGCAUCGGCAUCUCUGGCUGGGGCGCCAGUGGGUGGAUCUCGGCUUUGACCGGGCUGAAUCGCAGCAUCCCAGUGGGCAUUAUAAUGAUCCUCAUCGCUGCUCUCUUUACCUCACUGGCCGUCAUGUCCCUCAUCAUGUUCAAAAAGGUCCAUGGGAUGUACCGUACCACUGGCGCCAGCUUCGAGAAGGCCCAGCAGGAGUUUGCCACGGGCGUCAUGUCCAACAAGACGGUCCAGACGGCCGCCGCUACUGCCGCCUCCAGGGCCGCACAAGGAACCUUCAAAGAGCAGAUCUGAUCGGCCCCAGAGAGCUCGCUCAACUCUCCGUCCAACACCCCUCCCUCGUCCUCCUCCUCCUGCGUCUUUUGCUCACAAAUGCAGCCCCCAGCUUCCCUUGAGCCAAGUGGCCUGUUUAAACACAUGGAGAUUCCCCCCCUAGCCUACUGACAUUGUCAGAGUGGUUCAUGCGGGGACGCCGCAGUCACCCAUUAUCUUUAAUCUGAGAGAAAACCACUACUGGGAUGAUUCCGACCGGCUCAUGGCUCCACCGACAUCACACGCGCUCAUCUCUGACUCUGGGAACCCCUCAUCGACGCUGCACUGACACCACUCAACCAGCGUGCUCUACUUUGUUUCUGUAUGUGUGUUGUGUGCGUGUGUGUAUGUGUGUGGCCAACUCAAUGAUUGUUUGUGUGCCUAUAUAAACGUCUGUCCAGCCUCGAUUCCUGUGCAUAGACUGAUUGUAAUGUAGAUGAACCAAGUCCGACUCUCUGAAGUUAUAUGAAGAUCUGUGUGUUUCUUUAAUUUAUCAACCUAAUCACUACUUCCUGUUUUAAAAAUUAAUUUAUUAUCGGACAAAUAGAAGUCAUGCAGUGCCCUCUAGUUGUCGGUGAGAAUUCUGAGAUUUAUUUUGCUGGGGUACAUCAUUUAUCACUGCUGCCCCCGGUGGAGGGAUUUUGUAUUGUCAAAGAUGAAUGCUGUGCAUUCCAGUUCACUGCCUUGCCUUCUGCUUUCUGUUUGCUUUUGUCAGAAUUGGAUUUUAGAGUCUUUCUCCUUUUAAAGUGACACUUCAACUGAAGUCUCAUCUGUUAAGUAUCGACCCCAUUUGUUUUUUCUGUUGGUGAGAAGUGCACAUCACGAUUUCUCGGAAAGUAAAUCCAAAGUGCUUGGUUUGUCCAAAUGUGAUGUAAGAGCAAUCAGUCACAUUUAACAGGUUCUGAGGUGAUGUAUGCAGUCAUGCAACAUGGUGUGAUAUGGACGAGAACACGAGAAGACGAUUCUGUGUUUUGAGAAGUUUCUUUAAUUUCAAUUAAAAGCAAUCAGAGCUGCAGACUUUUAACAAACCACCUCUUCCACCUUCAGCAGUGUUUGAUACUUAAAAGAUUGUUUUAUUUCAGGGGGAACAUCACUUUAAAGUUUGCUCUCGAGUGUCUUUUUUUUUUUUUUUUUUUUUCAAAUCUUUUGCCUAUACUGAUCUUCUUCAUAUCCACAGUGAAAUCACACCAAGUUGCACUUUAAAUCCGGUUAUUAGAUUGUUUAUUCAGUCAGUGCAAAUGAAUUGAUAUCUAUUACAAUGGCCUCACGCCUUCCCGCUCAUUCGUGUAAUUCGUAGGUUCUAACAUGCACCAGCUGGGUUCAGCAUCGUUUUCACAUGGAGCCUACAACACACACUGUUCUAUAUAUACAGCUGCAUGUUUAUACAGUCUCUUUGAGAGGAACGUUUCAUUCUUCUCCAGCUUUUCGUGUGUUCUGGAGAUUUACCUCAGUCGUACUCAGGAUGCGCUCUUCACUUGCAUGACAAGGAUAAAAAUUAAAUUAUACCAAGCUGAACAGAGACUGACACCUAGAUUUAAAUACACGUGCUGUUAAUGAACACGUUGCAAUAAAAAA